GACGUCACGGCGUCACGCCCCUGAAACCGAGAGCAGCGGCGGCCGCAGUCCCCGCCGCAGCGCGGUAGCCGAGCCGAGCCGAGCCGAGCCGAGCCGAGCCGAGCCGAGCCGAGCCGAGCCGAAGCCAGCCGAACAGAACCGAACCGAGCCGAGCCGAGCCGAACGCAGCCGAGCCGAAGUGAGCCGAAGCGAGCCGAAGCGGAGCGCUCCGCCUGCCCGCCGUGCCCCGCUUCGCCCGGUACCGCGGGCGGCCGCGGCCCGCUCCGCCGCCGCUUCCUCCUCCUUCCCCUCACGAUGUCGGUGCUGGAGCCCGCCGGCGGCGAGGAGGUGAAGCAGGCCAAGGAGGUGGAGGACGCCGAGAAGUAUUCCUUCAUGGCCACCGUCACCAAGGCCCCCAAGAAGCAAAUCCAGUUUGCAGAUGACAUGCAGGAGUUCACCAAGUUCCCAACCAAGACGGGCCGUCGCUCCCUGUCCCGCUCCAUCUCCCAGUCUUCCACUGACAGCUACAGCUCCGCUGCGUCCUACACGGACAGCUCUGAUGAUGAGGUGUCCCCCCGAGAGAAGCAACAAACCAACUCCAAAGGCAGCAGCAACUUCUGUGUGAAGAACAUCAAACAGGCCGAGUUUGGGCGCCGGGAGAUCGAGAUCGCUGAGCAAGACAUGUCUGCUCUGAUCUCCCUCAGGAAACGAGCUCAAGGGGAGAAGCCUUUGGCUGGAGCUAAAAUCGUCGGCUGCACGCACAUCACAGCCCAGACUGCGGUGCUGAUCGAGACGCUGUGUGCCCUGGGUGCCCAGUGCCGCUGGUCUGCCUGUAACAUCUAUUCCACCCAGAACGAAGUGGCGGCCGCCUUGGCAGAAGCUGGUGUUGCUGUGUUUGCCUGGAAGGGGGAGUCGGAGGAUGACUUCUGGUGGUGCAUUGACCGCUGUGUUAACAUAGAUGGCUGGCAGGCCAACAUGAUCCUGGAUGAUGGUGGCGACCUGACCCAUUGGGUUUAUAAGAAAUACCCCAGUGUCUUCAAGAAGAUCCGAGGGAUCGUGGAGGAGAGCGUGACCGGCGUGCACAGGCUGUACCAGCUCUCCAAGGCUGGGAAGUUGUGUGUCCCAGCCAUGAAUGUGAACGACUCUGUCACCAAACAGAAGUUUGACAACCUGUAUUGCUGCCGGGAAUCCAUCCUGGACGGCCUGAAGAGGACCACGGAUGUGAUGUUUGGAGGGAAGCAAGUGGUGGUUUGUGGUUAUGGGGAGGUCGGCAAAGGCUGCUGUGCUGCUCUGAAAGCCCUGGGAGCCAUCGUCUACGUCACGGAGAUCGACCCCAUCUGCGCCCUCCAAGCCUGCAUGGAUGGAUUUCGGGUGGUGAAGCUGAGUGAAGUGAUCCGUCAGGUGGAUGUUGUCAUCACCUGCACAGGAAACAAGAACGUUGUGACCAGGGAGCACCUGGAUCGCAUGAAGAACAGUUGCAUUGUGUGCAACAUGGGCCACUCCAACACAGAGAUCGACGUGACCAGCCUGCGGACCCCGGAGCUCACCUGGGAGCGGGUCCGUUCCCAAGUGGAUCACGUCAUCUGGCCGGACGGGAAGCGGGUGGUGCUGCUGGCUGAGGGCCGGCUUCUCAACCUGAGCUGCUCCACGGUUCCCACCUUUGUGCUCUCCAUCACGGCCACCACUCAGGCUCUGGCUCUCAUUGAGCUCUACAACGCUCCCGAGGGCCGUUACAAGCAGGACGUGUACCUGCUGCCCAAGAAGAUGGAUGAGUACGUGGCCAGCUUGCAUCUGCCUUCCUUUGAUGCCCACCUCACAGAGCUGACGGACGAUCAGGCCAAAUACCUGGGACUCAACAAGAAUGGGCCUUUCAAACCCAAUUACUACAGAUACUGACGGACCAUACAUGAAGGACCAGACCACACAAGGCAACAUUAGAGAGAUUAUUUUUAAAGAUCAUUUUUAUUUGGGUUGACUUUUCUUUUUUUUUUUCUUCCCUUUUCGUUCUGGUUUUGUUUUUUUAACCAACAAAAGAACCUGGUUUUACAUUUACCAAUGUGAUUUUUAAGGUCACUUUUUCUUCCCUCCCUCCUUCCCUCCACCAGUUUUGCCCUUUUAUGUGCUCACAUCUCUGAUCUUAGCAGAUAACCUGGGAUUUGCUUCUUGCUUUCAUGUGGCUGAAGCCACUUGGUGGCUCCUGGGGAGGGUUUUUCCCUUUCCUGCUCAUUCCUGCAGCGAUGGUUCUGAGUUUUGGGGGGGGGGGGGUAUUUGUCACCUUUCCAGCCCGUGUUACUCUCAGCGGGGGCCCUGCAGAUCCGGAGAUGCUCUUUUACCUGUUACCUUUUGUUCCUUUCUUUGUGUGGAUUAUCUGCAACUUCUAAAUUGCCUUAAAGAGCCCAGUUUUAGCUGCUAGAUCAAUGCUCCGAGCGCUGCUUGGGAGCAGAGUGGCGCCUGCUGGCCACCUCCAGGCUGGGUGCCUGGCUCCAAAGCCUGUCCUUUGUGCCGAGGUGGCUUUGGUGAGGGGGGGAGGUCACCGUUUCAGGGUGCUAAUCUGAAUUCGGAUGGGGGGUUGCUUUAGCCAGCAUUACCCUCAUCUCUCCUAGGGUUUUUCAUGGUGGUUUUUAGCCAAACUGCACCUUAAUUGAGUUAAACCCAGGGUUUGGUUUGGUUUUUCUUCCGCUUUUCCUUUCGGAUCCUUAUUACAGAGAUGGUUUGGAGGGAGGAGGGAAAGCAUCAGGGAUGCGGCCCCAAGAAGCAUGGGGGGGGGUUGAAGGGUGGCUGGUGGGGUUUAUUGGGGGGUGUUUCUGGUUUGAGCUGGCCACAGACUGAGCCCUCUGCUCCCCAUCGCUGCCCCUGCCCUCGCGCAGUGCGUUUCCCCCGCUCUCCUUCAUCCCCUUCCUCAUCCUCUCCGGUGACAUCUCUCUCUUCUCCAUCUCUUGCAGCUUGUCCCGGGGAGGGGGGAGGAAGCUCCUUGCAGCCCCGGUGAGGUUUCUCUUGGCUUUUUUUUAUCCUCUUUUGUGGGUUUCCCCCCAGCCACGGAGGGAAGGAGGAUCCCGGCUGCCGGCAUCUCCCGGUACAUGGAUAAUGGAGAUGCUGCUCCUUCGCCUCCAGCCACCCCGGUGCUGGGUCCCUCCUUGGGGCUUUGCAGGUUUUGGGGUGCAACGCUCCUUUGUGGGGAUGGGAGGAAAAGGGGAGGGAUGCUCAUGGCUCGGAUCACCCUCUUCUUUUCCUCUCCACCUCCUUGUCCUUUGAUUAUUCUUUCUCAGCCUCCCUCUUCUCUUCCUGGACUUGGGCUUCACUUGCCUCAAAGGGUCCCUUCCACCAUCCCGCAGCCUUCCCGCUGGGAUGGAUUCCUGCAGGGAGGGACUGGGAUCAUUCCCCCUUUCCCUGUGUGGGGAUCCCUGCACCUGGGGGGGGCACAGCCCCCCGUUUCCCCCUCCACGUUAGGGUCGAACCUUGGCUCCGUAAGGGCUCCAUCUCUAUAAGCCAUGUCACAGGGGGAGCCUGGGGCUGGCGGUGGCAGCGUCGGGCCGGGAGAGGUUUAUUUUGUAUAUGAAUGAUUUUUAAUGAAUGCAAUAUUAAUCCUUGCAGAUGAGCAAUAAAUCAUUAAAGUCUAAUUAAACUAUUAGGAAAAACGAA